UAAUCAUUUAGAAGAUGUGUAUCAAAACCACAACGCGAUAACAAUUCAUCCCCCUUGAAUAGGCAAAAUCAAAGGAUUGUCGUCCAAUACCAAGUGUUGUUGACUAUAUGGAACCCUCAUACACAGCUGAUGGAAAUAUAAAAUGGUGCGGCCACUCUGGAAAAUAGUUUUAAAGCUCCUCAAAAUGUUAACCAUACAGCCAAGCAUGGUAGCACACGCCUGUAAUCCCAGCUCUCAGGAGCCUGAGGCAGGAGGAUCUCUGUGAGUUGGAGGCCAGCCCGGGCUACAUAGUGAGGCCCUGUCUCAAAAGACCAAAACAAUAAAUAAAUAAAUAAAGCUUACAGUAACCAUAUGACCCAACAAUACCACUCCUAGGCAUAUGUCCAAGAGAAAUAAAAGCAUAUGUCCCCACAAAAACUUAGACACAAACGUAAUAGUCGUAAUAGCUAAAAAACAGAAACAAUUCAACAUCUAACUGAUAAAGAAUAAACAAGAUGUGGUAUAUCCAUACAAUGGAAUACUAUUCAGCCAUGCAAAGAAUGGAAAGCCGACCCUUCCGACUCAGUGGGUGAAUCUUGAAAACAUGCUAAUUGAAAGAAGUAGACACCAAGGCCACAUGCUGGCUACUUCUAUUUCUAAGAAAUCUCCCACCUAGGCAAAUCUGUAGAGACAGAAAGCAGAUGUGUGGUUACAGGGGGUGUGGGCAGGAGAAGAAACAGAGACCAUUAUUAAUGAUUGCAGGAUCGUCAGGUGGGGAGGAGUUAAAAUGUUCUAAAAUCGGCUGUAGUGAUGGCUGUACAACCCCGUGAAUAAGCAAACAUCACUGAACUCUGCACUUUAAAAGGGUGCAUUUUAUAGCAUGGGAAUUACAGUUGCCAUUUUUAAAAAGAAAAGGAAAUGCCAUGGGAAUAGAUCCACCCUUGUAUCUCCCUUCCUUUUCACCUUCCUUCAUCUAUCAGCCCCAUCCUGUGGCCAAAUCUACCCAGAAGCUGCAGGGAAAGGAGUUUAGGAACCAUGGUUUUUGGUGAUGCUGAGCAGGACAAAGCUAUACCCAGUGCUUAUAAUUUUUGAUUUCCAUGGCCACCAUUUUUAUACAUGUUUGACUUUCUCGUACCAGAAAGCGAAGUCAGCCAGCUUCCAGUACCGUCCCCCACUGGAGUGGCUCCCGCUGCUGAGCGAAGAUAGAAAGUUAGAGGCAGCCAGACACGGUGGCACACACCUGACAUCCCAGCACACUGCCAGGCCGAGCCAGGAGGAUUGCCACAAGUCGGAGGCCAGCCUGGACGAUAUAGCGAGACCCUGUCUCAAAAAAAACGGAAGUCACAAAUAACCCCACCAAUGAAAGGUCCCCGUGGGAAGUCAGUUUGGAUAACGCCCAUGCCCACUAGAGGUCGUCAGUGGGGAGGGCAGCUGCGUCCCUCCCUGGACUCCAGGAUCUGUAAAUACCCUCUUCAACUUUCACUGUGUGCUACGUGCCACAGACACAUGCGGGUGGGGCGUCCUGGGGAACCGCUCCUGGGUGACAGGUGGCCCUGGUCCAGUGCUCUGCCCUCACCUGGUCUCUGGUGGCUGCUGGGACAGUGGCUACUUAGCUGAGCUGAGGGUGAAACUCAGAGAUGUGGGACACGGAUCUGGGCAGCCCCUCACCUAGGCUCUGGGGGUUUUCAAAUGUAAAUGACCCAGUGAUUCACGAUCCUAUGACCAGCGUGUGGGGCUGUCACUCUGUCACUUUCUCAUACCCCAUGCCCUUCUUGAGGCACAGGCUCAGGGGGCGGAGCAGAGGUGGGAGGGGCAGGCAAGGGUGGCUCCCAGCACAUCUGAAAAGGGGCUCUAGGCCACUUCCUCCCCGGACAGGGGAGCAGGAGAUGCGGGCAGAGCCUUCCUGUGUAGUGACGGCAGCCGACAGUCAUGGACCCGGGGAAACCAAUGAAAAGCCUGCUGGUGGUGGCCCUGCUCAUCGCUUUCCAGGUGUGCUUGUGUCAAGAUGAGGUCACGGAGGACUACAUGGACGAAAACACCACAGUGGACUACACCUUGUUCGAGACUGUGUGCUUCAAGAAGGAUGUGCGGAACUUUAAGGCCUGGUUCCUCCCCGUCAUGUACUCAGCCAUCUGCUUCGUGGGUCUUCUGGGCAAUGGCCUUGUGGUGCUGACCUACAUCUACUUUAAGCGGCUCAAGACCAUGACCGACAUGUACCUGCUCAACCUGGCCAUGGCGGACAUCUUCUUCCUGCUGACCCUCCCCUUCUGGGCCUACAGUGCGGCCGAGUCCUGGGUCUUCGGAGUCUCGCUGUGCAAAAUCAUCUUCAGCAUCUACAAGAUGAGCUUUUUCAGCGGCAUGUUGCUGCUCCUCUGCAUCAGCAUCGACCGCUACGUGGCCAUCGUGCAGGCCGUGUCUGCCCACCGCCACCGUGCCCGUGUCUUUCUUAUCAGCAAGCUGUCCUGCGUGGGCAUCUGGGUGGUGGCCACGUUGCUGUCCAUCCCAGAGAUGAUCUACAGCGGCCUGCAGAGGAGCGGCUCCGAGCAGGCGCAGCGCUGCUCUCUGCUUCUCGACCAAGUGGAGUCCCAGAUCAUCAUCCAGGUGGCGCAGAUGGUGUUCGGCUUCCUGCUGCCCUUGCUGGCCAUGAGCUUCUGCUACCUCAUCAUCAUCAGCACCCUGCUGCAGGCGCGCAACUUCCAGCGCAACAAGGCCAUCAAGGUGAUCAUCGCCGUGGUCGUGGUCUUCAUCAUCUUCCAGCUGCCCUACAAUGGCGUGGUCCUGGCGCAGACGGUGGCCAACUUCAACAUCACCGGCACCAGCUGCGAGCUCAGCAAGCAGCUCAACAUCGCCUACGACGUCACCUACAGCCUGGCCUCCGUGCGCUGCUGCGUCAACCCCUUCCUGUACGCCUUCAUCGGCGUCAAGUUCCGCAAUGAUCUCUUCAGGCUCUUCAAGGACUUGGGCUGCCUCAGCCAGGAGCGGCUGGGACAGUGGUCUUCCUGCCGGCACGGGCGCCGGGCCUCCAUGAGCACAGACGCAGAGACUACCACCACCUUCUCUCCCUAGGCCGCCUCUGCCUGGAUGGGGACCCCUCUCCCAGGAGCAGAAGCAAGCACUCAGGAUCCUCCCAAAAGCUGCUGCGGGAAAGCAGUUCCGUUUACCCUGAGACUGAGCGUAACCCUAGCUACCUCAACCCAGGCGGAAAGAGAAGCUGGCCCCACCGCAAGGCCACAUCCACAG